AUGGAUGACAAUGAGUAUGUUUACUUUAAGUUGGUACUACUGGUAUUGGAACAGCUUUUAAACGCACUUGCUUUCUGGUUGAGUAUCAAGUUUAUCAUAGCCUUAAACCACACAACCUUGUUUUUAAGUAAUCAGAAGUACUACAUAAUAAACGUGGUACUGUCGUCUAUGCUUACAUUAGUAACACAGUAAGUUUUAAAUAAAAAAAUAUUUUUAAAAAUAUUUUUUGAUACAGUAACUUUAAGCUGCUUUUGACUUUAAGGCGUUACUAAAACUAAAUAUAUAUUUAUAUCUUUAGGCUUUUCCUUCGCAUAGAUGAAAAUGUAACUCCACUUCCAAAGCCUUUAAAAGUACUAAUUGAUUACAUGCACAACCUGGGUGACAGUGUUAUUCUGAGUAUGGUACUACAAAUAAUGUCCUUUAUCGACUGUUUUUACAGUACCGUAAACCCUGUUCACAUUAAAACAAAUACUACUGGAAUCAUAUGUGUUUCUAUAGUAAGUUGUCAUAUCUCAAGUUUUAAAACUUGUCAUAAACUUAAAUUUUCUACAAAUGUCGAAAGCAAAACUUUGAAUGUAAAUAGAGGCUAAUAUAGAGUUUCAAGUUGUAUGGUGUUCGUUAAUGUUUAUAUUAUAUAUAUUUCAGUGGAUAUGUUGUUUGAUCCAUCAAAAGCUGAGCGAGUAUGGCAUACCUCCAGGCUAUAUCUCUAUGACCCUACAAGCCGUUUUAAAUGUCAUUUGCUGGUUGUUUGUUAUCGGCCUUAUUUUGAUUGGAAGGUACAAGUACAAGCAUCAAACAGUUGGUGAUAUGAAGGAAAAAUACAGAGUAAGUAACAUAAUUCCAUAUGGCGAUAAAUACCUUCAUAUACAUACUUGUUUCAAUGGAACGUCACACCUUCAGUAGUUUACUAAACUCGUUAAUUUAGACAUCACUAUUACUACGAACCUUAAACGUCCUCAAAACGUUGGCCAUACUGAGUGCUAUCAGAAACUUUAUCCUCUCUACUCUUAUCAUGCUUCUGUUGGCGUAAGUACAAAAUUAAUGAAAAUGAACAUGCUCUUAACUUUAUUAACUAUCCGAUGCUCUCCAAAUUGCCAAAACUGUUAUUUAAACUCUCUAAACAUUUAUUUACAGCUCUGUAAUCCCAGGAAACGAUGCCGUAGGCUUUGUCUACAACUACACCAUGACAUUCUACACAAUCUUAAGUCCCAUUUUCAUGAUUCAAAGACACGAUGAAUUGAAAAAAGUAUUCUUAAACCAUCCAAAAGUAAUCAAGGUUACUACAAUGUCAACGAACGACACCCACUAUGUGCCAAAAAAUGUUGUGGGAGAGGUUUUGAGGGUUUCGAAUGAAAGAGAUCACCACUUCAAACAGAUGACUUCGAACUGGCAGACAGCUCCGCGACAUACGAAUCGCUGUACAGAUAGUGUUGUUAUUGAGUUGUAA